AUGCCUCCAUCUCACUCGCCAUCGCAGGAAGCCCUCCGUUCCUCGUUCAACCAGCACGCCUCCUACCAGUCCCACGAAUCCACCCCUCGCCAGUCGGUCGCAGACCUCGCGCAUCCCUCGUCGUCAUCCUCGGCCGCCGCAGCCGCCCGCAACUCGGCGUAUACCCACCGCUCCACGGCGACGACGACGACGACGACGACCGACUCGGAGGACAGCGACUUUGACGUCGCAGACGACCACCAGCCCUUCCUGGGCAGUCAACGCAGCGAUCCGUCCUCUUCCGCAUCGCGCACCGGCAAGGCAAAGGCAAAGUCCCUCUCCCGCCCCUCUUCCUCGUCCCGCCCCACGUCGCUCAACAAGCGCUCCAGCACGACAUCCAUCAAGAUGCAGCGCACCGCCUCGUACAAGUCCCAAAAGGACAGCACAGAGGGCGCCGCCGCCGCCAAUGCCGAAGUCGACGGCGACGGCCCGCGCACCACGGUCCGGCGCGUCGGAUCGCGCGCCAGCGUCGAGGGCGAGCUCACCUUUGACGACAUCUUUGACCCGUCCAAGACGCUCGCCGAGAACAAGAGCCUGAUGAUCAGCGCCGAGAUGGACCGGAUGGGGAUGAAGCGGUACGCCUGGUGCAUCUGGUUCCUCUGCGGCUGCGGCUACUUUAUCGACCUCCUCUGGGCCCAGGCGCUCGGCCUCAUCGCCACCCAGAUCAGCUACGAGUUCUAUGACGAGACAAACGGCGGCAAGACGGGCCCGCUCCAGACCGCCUUCAGCACCGGUCUCACCGUCGGCGCCUUUGUCUUUGGCCUGGCCGUCGACGUCGUCGGGCGCAAGUGGUCCUUCUACCUGACCACGUUCAUCUCGGCCAUCUUUGGCAUCGCCGCCGGCGGCGCCAACUCGUUCGACACCCUGUGCGUCCUGGCGGCUUUCCUGGGCUUCUCGAUCGGCGGCAACAUCCCCAUCGACGCCACCAUCACCCUCGAGUUUCUGCCGACCAAUCGCCGCUUCCUCGUGGCCGCCCUGAGCCUGUUCCAGCCGCUCGGCGUGCUCGUCUGCUCGGGCAUCGCCUACGGCUUCAUCCCCAAGUACUCGUGCGAGUCCCAGGAGGGCUGCACCAAGGCCGACAACAUGGGCUGGCGCUACACGCUCUACACGCUGGGCUGCAUCACCUGGCUCAUCUUUGUCGGGCGCUUCUUCAUCUUUAGCUUCCGCGAGUCGCCCCAGUACCUGCUGGCGCGCGGCGAGGACGAAAAGGCGCUGCGCAUCGUCUCCUCGAUCGCCAAGACCAACAAGGCGCCGCCGCCGCUCUUUACCCUCGACGACUUCAACGAGGCUGCGCGCAGGCUCGGCGUCGAGCAGGUCGACGGCGAGGCCGUCAAGGCGGCCCGCAAAAAGGAGACGCGCAUGGAGACGGCCAAGCGGUCGGCCAAGGACAUGUUCAAGCUGUUUACCAACGCCAAGACGCUCUUUGCCAACAAGACCAUGGCCCGCGUGACAAUCAUCAUCUGGAUCACCUUCAUUGCCGACUUCUGGGGCUUCACGCUGGCCGGCUUCUACCUGCCGCAGAUCCUGCGGGCCAAGGGCGCCGAGCAGGACACGUCGAUCUCGACGACGUACCGCAACUACGUGCUCAUCUACUUCCCGGGCAUAUUUGCCGUUGCGUUCGGCGCCGCCAUGAUCGAGGUGCCUAGGCUGGGCCGGCAGUGGGCCAUGGUCGUAUCGUCGGCCCUGAUGGCCGUCAGCUUCUUCCUCUUCACCAUCGUCAACUCCCAGGCGGCGUCUGUCGGCUUCAACGCAAUGGAGUACUUUUUCCAGUCCCUCUUCAACUCGAUCCUCUACGCCUUUGUCCCGGAAAUCUACCCUUCCCAGGUGCGCGGGACGGCAUCGGGCCUGGCGUCGACGCUGGGCCGCAUCGCGGGCAUCGUUGCACCGCUGGCCGCCGACUCGUUUGACGCUUCCGACCCCGAGCAGCAGGCCAAGAAUAUCCUCUACCUCGCGGGCGGCAUCACGCUCCUCUGCCCCGUCGCUCUUGCCCUCUUGCCAUACGACACCAGGGGAGCCCGCCUGCACUAG